GGGGCGCAGGCGCACUGGCACUCCAAGCGCCGCCGCUGCCACCCUGCUCUUCUCCUUGGGAAAGGGAAAAGAGAAAGGAGGACUCGGCCAGUGUGUGCUAGCUAGAGCGACGCCGCGUUGCUGCUAUUGUUUCCGGCAUUGGAGGGGCGGGGCGCCGCGCGGGCAGCUUGAAAGAGAAUGGCGGCGCUCCCGCUGGAAGAGACUUUGGUGUCGAUGGUAGUGUCCCCCAGUAGUCUGGGGACCGGGGACCAGGAAGGCCCUGGAGCGGAAGACGCACCCAUGGUGUUCCUAUGCACUGGGUGCAAGCGCCCGGUGGGGGACACACUCAGCUGGGAGACCAAUGACGAGGACACCAACUGCAUCCUGUUGAGAAGUGUUACUCACAGUGUCUCUGUUGACAAGGAGCAAAAGCUUUCAACCCGAGCAGAUGAAUAUGGCUGCAUGCUUCAAGCCUUGUUUUGCUCUGGAUGCAACAUGGCACUGGGAAGCAUCUACAGAUGCACCCCAAGACACCUUGACUUUAAACGAGAUUUAUUUUGUUUAAACGUUGACUCCCUUGAAAGUUAUACCCUAGGGUCUUCUGAACAAAAAGCUGAAAUUGAUGAGGAGCCUCUCACUCUUGAAAGUCAAGCUGGUUUAGAAGAGUCACUAGUAAGGGCAGAAACAAUACUGAAAGCAUUGGAACAACGGUUAUCUGUAGUUGAAUCGAGUUUUGCAUCUCUUCACAACAUUGGCUGAAAACAAUGAUGAGUAUUACUAAUGUGAACAUUGGUACAUAAGCUUGCUAUUAUUGGCUCUUGGGAAUUUGUUGAAUCCCUGCAAGAGUUUUUCAGCAUAGAACAUUGCUCAGACUCCUGAAAGAUGAAAAGGCAAACUGCUGAGGAAGAACACUUUUGAGAAGUCGAAGCAUUCUUUGCAAAGUUUACACAAAAGAAAUGUUUCCUUUUAAUUUAUCUUUAAUUAUCGAGUUCUCUGAAUUACUGAAAUGUAAAUCAUCUUGUUGAUAUUAUCUCCUACUGUUUUGCUUUAUAUAGUUACUGAUGAUGUUCUGGCAGACUUAGUGGAGAAUAUGGCUAAUCUUGUUUCUUCUGAAGAAGAUGGCAUAGGGGAACAGUUGGCUGCCUGUUGGAGCCAUGACAUAGCUAUUUAGUCUUCUGCCAGCUGGAGAUACUGGUUGACACACUGCACAAGGAUAGUCAGCCCACUAAUGUUGUGUAUAUGCAAGUGGUGCAAAGGCAAAACUGCAAAAAUGAUGUUACACAAGAAUAAGCCUACUGGAAAUAAUGGGCUUGCUCUUGUGUAACAUUUGCACAAUUGUUUGUGCAACUUGCAUCCACACAACAUUACUGAGCUGUAGGGUGCUUACCUAUUCUCUGCCACCCCUUCCUCCUGAGGUGGCACUGGUCCCAAAAGGCAUUUUGCACUGUCAGCACACACAUGGCGUCUGCACCAUUUGUAUGAUCAGCAACACCAUGCUGACCAUGCAAAUGGCGCCCAUGCAUGAGCAUAUGCCAUGUGUGUGUUGACGGCAUGCAGGGCUUUUUGGGACCAGCGCCUCACCAGCAGGAAGCUAGAAGGAGUGGCAGAGAGCAGGUAAGCACCGGCUCUCCUUUUUCUUGAAGUCCCCUUUUGAAUUUCCUUCAAAGUGCUCGAACCGUUCUUUGAACUGCGGUUCAGGCACAUCCCUGCCGGGCUGAUGUAUACCUUUUGUGUGGUAUAUCAGCCACUGAUCUAAUUUGCAAAGUAUCCACUGGGCCUCAAUUUCUGCAGUUUUACUAGCUUGUAUAGAAUUUAUUUAAAUCGUCUAAAUGGUUAAUUUUUAUAUCCUCGGCCUAUAGCAUGAGAGAUGCAACAUUAAGGUAUACAUCUUCCCAUUGAUGCUAGUUGUGAGAAAUUCUGGACUUUAAAAAAAAAAAAAGUAAUACUUUGACAGCGUUCAAUAUUUUUGAAAAUAAAGUACCAAGAAAAAAAGCAGCCUUUGAACUCAGUUUUGUAAAUGCAUUAUGUACAAGUUAUUACCAAGUAUUGUCUUUUGAUAUCUUAAAUUGUAAUUUUGAACAAGAUAUUUGAAUAAAUGUAAAUAGAGAUGUAAAUAUUUCAAUAAAUCUGAAGCAAAUCGGCA